AUGGGUAUGGUAGGAAUGAAAAAAGAAGAAAAAAUUCAACAAUGUGAAAGCAAAGGCAAAGACGGCAAGCCAUAGUGGAAAAAGUUGUUAAUUAAAUGAUUGUUUAUAAAAUUAAAAAACGCAAAAGCAAUCACUAGAUUUGCUUGCGAGGGAUUCCAUUUCUAAUAUUAACAUCUUCUUGAAGACUUGAAUGAUGAAAAUACAAGCUUCAUAUUCAUGUUCAUCAUAUCUACACAAACUAGUAUCAACAUUUGUUUCAAUCCUUCUCCUUUUUCAUCAACAUUCUCUAGCUAAGCAUCACCAACCAUGUCCCAUUUCAACAUGUGGCAAAAUUCACAACAUAACGUACCCAUUUCGUCUCAAAACCGAUCCAAACCACUGCGGCGACUCAAGGUACGAAUUAGAUUGCAAAAAAGACGGUCCAUUAUUAACUAUGUUCACAGGUAAAUACUAUGUACAACACAUUGAUUACAAAAGAAAUAAAAUUUUAUUAAGUGAUGCGGGUGCAGUGGAAGACGCAAAUUGUUCUUUCAUCCCACGGUAUUUUUUAUACGACCGAAGUUUCAAUAACAUACUUAACGAAGAUGAGUUUGGAUCUCAGCCGUUCAUUUUAGAUCCAACAGAUCCAACGAGGAUAGCUUAUUACAAUUGUUUAAAUCCAAUUGAAGAUCCACGGUACGUUAAGGUGGACACGAGUCGUUGUAACAAACCAGGGUAUAAAUGGAAUAAUAAUGUUUAUGCUGUUUUGGAACCAUCAUUGUAUGAGUAUCAUGUUAGGGAUAUUAAGGUUGGGUGUGAUUUUAUGGUGGCUACUUUGGCUAAACCAAGGGGUAAUUUGGAGAUUUCGAUGGAGGGUAAUUUUUCGUAUGGUGAGAUUCAUGGGAUGGUGAUUGGUGGAGUUGAGGUUUCGUGGUUGCCUUUGAUUUGUGAAGAUAGAUGUGGAAAGGGGAUAAGUUGUAAGGUUGUUGAUGAAGAUAGUGGAGAAGUUGAAUGUGAUAAGCACUUUUGUCAUUAUGCUUACCAAACAACCGAUAAGUGCGAACUUCAGCAGCAGAUAUUUGGUUAUACUCGUGCUUAUCUUAGAGGCAUUUUUAUUGGAUUUAGAAGUAGAAUCACAUUCAGCACAAGACAAUUGGACAACCCAGUUGGACUACAAUAUUUUGAUGGAGGAAUAUUCAUAGGAAGAAAUGUUCUACCAAUAUUCUUAGCAGCCAGAUUUCUAUUUGGAGUUGUUCUUUUACUUGUGCUAUUUAUUUACAAAUGGAGAAGAAGACAUUUAUCAAUGUAUCACAACAUUGAAAACUUUUUGCUAGAGAGCAAUCUAAAUCCCAUUAGGUAUGAAUACAAAGAAAUCAAGAAGAUGACUGGAGGUUUAAGAGUGAAAUUGGGUCAAGGUGGUUUUGGCGCUGUAUACAAAGGAAAGUUAAGAAGUGGUCCAGAUGUUGCAAUAAAGAUGUUGACGAAAUCCAAUGUUAAUAAUGGACAAGAUUUUAUUAAUGAAGUUGCUACCAUCGGAAGAAUACAUCAUGUUAAUGUAGUUCGUCUUGUUGGAUAUUGUGUUGAGGGGAAAAAGAGCGCACUUGUUUAUGAAUUCAUGCCUAAUGGGUCAUUGGAUAAAUACAUUUUCCCUAAAGAAGGAACUGACCCAUUGAGUUACGAGAAAAUAUAUGAAAUAUCUCUUGGAAUAGCUCGUGGGAUAGCGUAUCUACAUCAAGGUUGUGAUAUGCAAAUUCUACAUUUUGAUAUCAAGCCUCAUAAUAUUCUUCUAGAUGAAGACUUCGUUCCAAAGGUUUCGGAUUUUGGACUUGCAAAGUUGUAUCCUGUGAAUGAUAGCAUUGUCCCAUUAACUGCAGCAAGAGGAACUUUGGGUUACAUGGCUCCUGAAUUGUUCUACAAAAAUAUUGGUGGAGUGUCUUACAAGGCUGAUGUAUAUAGCUUUGGAAUGCUUUUGAUGGAAAUGGCAGGUAAGAGGAAAAACUCAAAUCCUCACGCAGAGCAUUCAAGUCAGCAUUACUUCCCAUUUUGGAUUUAUGAUCAAUUUAAAGAAGAGAAAGAUAUUGAAAUAAUGAAAGAUGUCUCAGAAGAGGGAAUUAAUGUAGCUAAAAAGAUGUUUAUGGUUGCACUUUGGUGUAUUCAGUUGAAACCAAGUGAUCGUCCUUCAAUGAACAAAGUAGUGGAGAUGCUUGAAGGGAAAACUGAAAACCUUGAACUUCCUCCAAGACCUUCUUUUUAUCCAAAUGAAACUUAUAGAAAUCAUGAUGAUAUCAACUCUGACCAUACAUCAUGGAGUGAUUCCAGUAGUACUAGCCAAGCCACAACUAAUUAUUCAUUGGACAAUUGAUCUUGACAAACACAUUUAAUUCCAAAUCGUUGGUCAUUGUAUAUAUAAAGAUUACAGACUAAUUUUGUGCAAUUAUUCAAGUGUGAAAAUUUUUCUGGUUGUAAUUGUAAACUAUGGCAAAGAAAUGAGGCUUUGUUGCAAUUCUGCAACUCGUUAUUCUUCCUUCA